AUGCGCAAGCUGACGUGUUACGCGUGGGGAAAGCCUGGCGAUUGGGAAGCCUUGUGCGUGGACUUGGACAUAGCGGCAGAGGGCGAGACUUUCGAGCAGGUGCGUAGCGAGCUGUCGGACGCGGUCGAGACGUUUGUCGAUUAUGUGUGGGAAUUGCCCGAAAUCGAACGGCGCACGUUGCUGAACCGGAAAGCUCCGCUGAACAUUCGGUUCCGGCUGGCGAUUGCGUCAAAACUCUUCGGGUUUACAUCUGCGUUGAAACUUGGCGCGGGAGGCAGAGGCAUUCACCGUGCCGAGUUUUCAGUGACGCCUUCCGCAUGA